GAUCAACAUUCUUCCUCGUACCAGCAGCACCAUCUGGAGCCAUUGCCAUGUCGUCAGGAUUAGACAGUGAGCGUCUUGUCCCUUUCUUUUUCACAGCAAAGCAACUCAACAAACAGGCCCUGAAGGCUACUAAAGACGAAAAGUCGGAGAAGGCGAAGGUUAAAAAGGCCAUCCAGGCAGGCAAUCAUGAUAUCGCACGAAUUUACGCUUCAAAUGCUGUACGAAAGCAACAAGAGAGCUUGAAUCUGCUGCGGCUUGCGUCACGGAUUGAUGCGGUGGCAAGUAGGGUACAGACAGCUGUUACAAUGAGAAACGUCACUGGAAACAUGGCCGGGGUGGUCAAGGGAAUGGAUCGUGCGAUGGAAUCGAUGAACUUGGAGAAGAUCUCAAUGGUCAUGGAAAAAUUCGAAUCUCAAUUGGAAGACCUUGAUGUUCAAUCUUCCUAUCUCGAGAAUGCUAUGGGUUCAACUACGGCGACUGCAACGCCACAGGAAGGUGUGGACCUGUUGAUGCAGCAGGUGGCGGAUGAAGCGGGGUUGGAAUUGAACCAGGAGUUGGAUGGAGCUGCGCCGGUGAAGACGAAGAUCGCAGUGAAGCCGGACGUGGAGGAUGAUUUAGGGGAGAGGUUGAGGGCGUUGCGUGGCGAUCGUCCAGUCCAGCACUUGACCAUGCCACCAGCCCGCUCAGCACCACUCCCCGCUGCAAAGACAGAAGCAGCAAAGGCAGCUGCCAAAGCAUUCUACUGCGAGCUAUGUGACAAAGGCUACUCAAGAAUAUCCGAAUACGAAGCACAUCUAUCAUCCUACGACCACGGACACCGCGCACGCUUCCGAGAAAUGCGAGCGCUACAAAAAGAUCCAAAUGAUAUUGCGAGACGGAGAGAGAGGGAACAGAGAGAAUCGGGAAUGCGGGUCAUCUCGGAGGAUGCACCAUCGGCCGCGGGUAUGGCCAAGAAGGCUGGAGGGUUUAAGAAGGCGUUUGGGGCGCCGGCUGAGAGCGGGAGCUCGUCAGGUUUCAAGCCCGUGUUUCGGCCUUCAAGACCGGAAUCGUCAUCAAGUUCGACAGACGGUCGAUUCCAGGUCAAACCCGUGGAUGAGGACGAGACUGAUGAUGAAGGUGUGGACACGAGGGAGUAUGAUCCCGAAUACCCGACAUCCCCUUGACGAAGAACAGAGUUGUGCGAUACCAUUAAACAAUAUACCAAAUGUUACCCAGAUGAAACAGACUGACUCCCCGAAAGACUUCCUUUACCCGCCCAUAUCCCCAA